UGCAAAAAAAAUAAAAAAAUGAUCAAAUCAAAAAAUUAUUACAUGUCAAAAUUACAGAGGUAGAAAAUCACCAUAAAAUUUGACAUACAUAUCUAUUAUUUGCCGUUUACUUUGUUACUGUUUCAAGUACCCAGUUACCUCAUUAUUGAUUAAUUGUGCCGCAUGAUUAAAUGCCAAAACAUCGUCGGUAAGGCCACGACUACAUCAUAUUUUGCUGUAAACUUUUCAUUCCAUAUCUAGAAAAUCUGCCUGAUAUAAAUCGGCGAUUUCGUACAUCCGCGUAAUUUCGUGUAGUUAAUUCUCAGUUAAGUUUUAAGAAAACUUAGCAAUGAGACGUAUAAUUAGUUCAAGAGAUUCAUUAGGUCUCUGCUGUUUGAUCUUCUGUCUGUAUAAUGUUGUGCCGGUGUUAUCAGAGCUACAAAGAGACGAAUGCGAAGUAUGUUUCGGUAUUAUCGAGAAGUUCAGUGUAAAUUUAUCCGAAGAACACUUAAAGGAUCACAAAUUAAUCGAAGAAGAAUUUAAGAAAUACUGCAAAGGGGCCAAAAAUCGCGAAAAUAGAUUCUGUUAUUACCUAGGAGGCUUAGAAGAAUCAGCUACAGGAAUCUUGAGCGAAUUAUCCAAACCAUUGACCUAUUCUUUACCGGUGCAUAAAAUCUGCGAAAAAUUAAAAAGAAAAGAUGCUCAAAUCUGUGAUCUAAGAUACGAAAAAGUUAUCGAUUUCAAAACUGUGGACUUGAAAAAAUUGAAAGUACGCGAAUUAAAGAACAUCUUGAGCAAUUGGGACGAAGAAUGCGACGGCUGCAUCGAAAAACCAGAUUUUAUCAGUAGAAUAGAAGAAUUGAAACCUAAAUACGUCAGAGAAGAAUUGUAAUUUUUGGCUCAUUCCAUCAAUCCUCAUCAUCUCCUCGCAAAGGUGUUAUCAUUAAUUGGAAUUCUCUUAGUCAACUUUCUUUGUAUCGAAAUUUAGUUAAAUCAGCUUCAAAAUCUGUAAAUAAUUUUUGGAAAUGUGGUUAUUAUACGGAGACGUUGGGAACUUCCUUUCAAUUAAAUCGUGAUAUUACAGCACACCUAGAAUUUAAUGUUUUGUAUUUUCUAAGUACUUUUUAAGCAUUUACUUAACGUGAUGUGUCCAGUUUUGUUAUUAUUAAAUCUACCCUAAACCCUAAUGUUUUUUCUCCAUAAGUUAUUUAUUCGAUAAACAUUUGUAUUUGAGAGAAAUAUAAUUUUGUUGAUAACGUU